AUGGGUUCUCAAGCAGAAGAAACCCCAUUUGACGACAACGAAAUCACAGUCCUCGUAACCGGCUUCGCAGAAACUGACCUCCGCGUCUCCGAAGACGCAGGCAGAUAUCUCUGCGACUACAUCUACUACACAAGUCUAUCGCACCUCGCGCGGCGCGGUGAAGAGAAGAGAGUUGUGUUCUUGCAUGUACCGGUGGAAGCGGACGAGACGCAUAUCAAGACGGGGGUGGAGGCGACGAUAGAGUUGAUUCGGGCGAUUGUGGAGAGUGGCAUGUUGAAGAGGAUGGCGGAGAAAGGGAGGGAGGUGAGAACUGAAGAGGAGGAGGGGAUGAGGAGGGUGCACGGGGUAGGUGAGGGGAAGGUUGAGGUUUAA